UGCUUUUGAAAGAUUAUCAGGAAGAAAAACGAAGCUUUACGACAUUAAAAGAGAGACCAUGAGGCGGUCCCUCAUCGCGAGAGCCGUGUCACUGGUCGCGGCUCUGAUAACCGUGGCCGAAGGAGGUAACUAUGGCUACGGGUACAAUGCUAUUCCCACCCCGCAGAUUUGCCCGACUAAAGUGAAAUACAUCGUUCAUACAGUAACGCAGCUGGAGACGGAGACUGAGACUGAGACUGUGACUGAAACAGCAAUUGAAACCUUGACUGAAACUGCGACCGAAACUCUGACCGAAACGGCGACCGAAACACUGACUGAGAUCCUCAUCGAAACCCUGACCGAAACGGCGACCGAAACCGAGACCGAGACGGCGACCGAGACCGAGACGGCGACGGAGACCGAGACAGCGACGCUCACGGAGACGCUGAAGCUGGUUUACACGACGACGGUGGCCUACGGGCUGGCGGGCGGCGUGGGUGGCGUGGGCGUGGGGGCGGUGGGCGGCGGCGGGAGCGUGGUCCACUACGGCGCCGACGGAGGGAAGACCAUUAUCGCGCACAAACCAGGGGGAGGGGCGCAGUACGGGGGGCAGUACGGAGGGCACUACGGGGGGCACCAGGGAGGGCACGCCGUCACCACCAUCAUCUCGGGGGCGGCGCCAGGCGGAGGCCACUAUGCGGGCGCCUCACAGACGGGUUCGAACAGUUAUAACAAGCCUAUCAAAUUUGCAUAA